AUUGUUUAUAGGCAGGUUGGUGCUUGGUAGUUUUUCGUCUGCUUCCCAGUUCACACUCUUCUUCCCAGAAGGCGGCUUUAAUUCUGCUUCAGUUUGCCUAAACAAAAAAGCACGAUUCUGCUUGCACUUAGGUUUCCAACGAAGAUGCCGACCAUCGUCAAGCCUGAAUGAAGUCCGAAUCAAGUCCCCAUCACGUGAACAAUGGUGUUUUAUUAAUUAAUUUUAAAGGGUAGACUUAAGUCGAAUUAUUCCUUAUUAUUCGAUUCCCUUUAUUUUUCUACAUUGUCGAAAAUGAGUUCGGAAGAACUCCCUGUGCUUUCAGAUUUAUGUUCGUCCAAAAUGUUCCACUUUCGAACUUCUAAGUUUUUAAUCGGUAGGAAUUUGGAAUCGGAUCUUGACAUUCCAUCGCAGUACAUUUCACGGAAGCAGUGCAUCUUUGAAAAAUCCGGCGGUUGGAAAAUAACGAAUCUAAGUGCGUUGAAAACGACUCUGGUCAACAAUAAAAAAGUCGAAGAGCCUGUCGAGUUGAGAAACGGGGAUGUCAUAUCGUUCGCCAAUUAUCCCAGCAUCGAGUUGUCGUUCUUCUCCUCUCUACAAGAAUACUUUCUUUUCUCAGGGAUCAAAAGGAAAAGACUAAAUGAAACUUUAGAGGUAAACAAGCAUGACCAUGCUGAUCAGUUAAAAGAGCUGAAAGAUAACUAUCAAGCGACUUUGAUAAAAGUCGAAGAAUUGAACGCCCAGGUCACGGAAUCAAACGAAAGGGCCAACAAAUGUGAACUUGACACUAAGAAUUUAAGGAACAAAAAUAAGGAAUUGAUGGACCGGAUCGUUCAACUCGAAGUGGAUAAAACCAUGCUGCUGUCCCAAUGCAAGGAAAAUUACACAUUGCUUCACGAAUGUGUCGAGGAAAUCAACAGAAUGUCAGAUGACCGAGAUGAAUUAUCCAAAAUGUUAUCAGAAAGCCCACUAGUAAGGAGUAAAGGAAUAGAAAAUAAAAACAAUGAUGACUCCAAUUGUAUGGAUGGAUGUGGGAAUUAUAUCAAUUUUAUAGAAUAUGAAGCUAUAAAGACGGAUCUAGAUGAUAAGAACUCUAAAAUAAAUGAGCUAGAAGGCAUUAUUUUAAAAAUGGCUGAGGAAAAAGAAAAAUACAAUAGCCAAGUGCUUAUGAUGGUGGAACAAGAACUGUCUUGUUGUGUGUGUAGUGAUAUAAUGUUUGAGGCGACUAUACUCAAUUGUAAACACACGCUUUGUAAAGCUUGUCUCAACGAGUGGAAAAAGAAAAAAAAGGAAUGUCCUGAGUGUAGGACAAAAAUAAAACACGAAACGCACAAUUUACUUGUUGACAAAUUCAUAGAAAGGGUUGCGCCUUUGCUCGGGAAUAGUUUUGUUAAUAGACGGAAGGAAAUCAUUAGAGAUAGAGUUGCGAACGUUAACGAGGUUAUAUCGAUAGCUUCUCACCACAACGCAAGACGAGGCACCCCCCGGCCUAGACGUGGGGUACGGAGGCGAGGAGGUCCUUAUUCUGCGAAUGUACAGACAAGUAGAGUAGAAACCAGCAGCCGUCGAAGGGUUGAUAUAAUUGAUUUAACUAGUCCAGUAGGAGGACGUAGAAGCGCAUGGUCACGAGCAAAUAAUAUCACAACGAACAGGGACUAAAGUCUGGAAAAACGAGAAGAGUAGCAUAAUUCCAUUGUCAAUAUACAGUUUUUUUUUUUUUUUUGUUAAUUACUUUAUUAUUACUACCUAUUAUUAAAGAUAUAUUUCAUACGUAAAACGGUAACAUCGAUGUAAUUAUUUUUGUAACUUAUGAUUUUAAUUUGUUGCCUCAAUUUGUAUUUUUAUGUCUAGAAAAAAAUAUGAUAUAAUGAAAUUUUCGCUCAAUAAACAUUGGUUAAAAAAAAUUAAGUCAUUAAACUUGAAACAAUUGCAUAAAGGCAGGUUUUAACCCACGUAAUUGCCUGCACACACAUAAUUUCUAUGCUGUAUAAUAACCUUAACCAAAAAGUAUGAUUAUCUUCCACUCUCACAAUGAAUUUCUACACAAGAUGUGAUUAGGAAUUUCAUUAAGCAAAUUAGAGAAAAUAAUAGGAUGAUUAAGAAAAUGAUGCUGUGAUAUAUAAAAUAAAGAUUACAUUUUUUAA